AUGCUCCUCGCCGCGCCGCUCCUCUCUCUCAGCCUCGUGCUCCACCCUGCACUCAUGCGCACUGCGCCCAUGCACUCUGCGUCCAUGCGCCUUGCGCCCAUGCGGAGCGUCACGUUCAUGGCCGACCAGCCAACAGUUGAGCCACCCGUGUAUGACGUCGACGAGGUGCAGGCGGGGGAGGCAAAGGCGGAGGCGGAGGCGGCAGCGGCGAAGGCGGCAGAGGAGGCGGCGGCAGUGAAGGCGGUAGAGGAAGCGGCGGCGGCAAAGAAGGCGGCGGAGGAGGCGAAAGCGAAGGCGGCGGCGGAGGCGGCAGCGGCAAAGGCGGCAGCGGAGGCGGCGGCGAAGGCAGCGGCGGAGGCGGCAGCGGCAAAGGCGGAAGCGGAGGCGGCGGCAGCGGCUAAGGCGGCGGAGGAUGCGGCGGCGGCGGAGGCGGCUCGCCAGGCCACCGCACCGGCUGGUUUCGUGUGGGGUGAGACCUAUUGA